CAUGUCGCACGCUUCAGCAACAAAAUAUAUUUCGAACUGCGCAAUCAGCGCGCAGCUUUAACCUAAAAAAAACUUUUAUGACCGAACACGGAAGUAGUUCAAAAAAACUCCCGCGUAGUUUUCAUUGCCAUUGUCACGCAAUGCGCAUUUUACGGAGAUGCGGCGUUUAGAACCGAAUGACUGCCAUGUCUAAACUAAAGAGGAAGAAAUCGGUGAUUGGGGAGAGUGGAUGCGAACAGCAGACGACGAUCAAAAAGUCAAAUAGCAGUCUGAGCGCAGAACAGGACAGUAAAACAUCUACAGUCAGGACGAGAUGGUGGGAGAGUUCUGACCUGAGUGAUGUGGAGAGACUCUGGGCUCUUACCUUAAGAGCUUUUUGCCCAGCCCUGCAGUCUGAUGAGGAAGAAUGUGUUCCACCGCUCCCCCUACCUUCAUCCAAGAAAACUACAGUACAAAAAGUAGGUGAUUGGAGGUGGUGCACUGCAGAUGAAGAUAUUAAUCCCCCUCCAGAUUUGCCCACUUCUUCUUUCUUCAACAACCCACCACCAGUGAAUGGGGUCAAGAACCCUCCACAACCUCCAACAGUAGAGAACACAGAAGAAUGUAGCCCACCGGCCAUAGCUUAUCAAGAGAAUCAUGCUUUUUCGCCUGAUCAGGAGAGUGUGUCAGUAUGUGACGUACAAACGGCUCAGCAGCACCACAUAGAAGAUAAAGUCAAUUGCAUUGAGGGUCGUGAAUUGUUAGACGAACAGCGUGACAAAUUUGACCAAGUUGGGAAAGUCUCAGAAACACAAGAAGUCACAAGAGGAUCUGGAGCAGGACUGGAUGUGGAAUCUGGAGCGGGGAAGAGGGCAAAAACAGGUGCAGGAGCAUCUGGAUCAUGGUUAAGAACAAUGUCUAAAGCAGAGGGAUCAGUAUCAGGCAUAGGAACAAAACAAGGAGCAGGUGGAUCUGGAUCAGGGCAGAAAGCAAAAUCCGGAGCAGGUCAGCGAGCAAAAUCAGGAGUAAGAGGAUCUGCAUUGGUGCUGGGAGCAAAAUCUGAAGUGGGAUUGGAUGCAGAUUCUGGAGCAGGGAAGGGGGUAAAAACAGGAUCUGGAUCUCGGCUGAGAACGAUAUCUGAAGCAGUUUCAAGCAUGGGAACAAAACGCCAAGCAAGUGGAUCUGGAUCAGGGCAGAGAGCUAAAUCAGGGCUGGAAACAAAUUCAAGAGAAAGUGGAUCUGGACUGGGGAAAGGAACCAAAUCUGGAUUGAACUUGGAAAAAAUAUCAGGAACAGAAGACUCUGGAGCAGCAUCUGGAUCAGGACUGAAAACAAAAGUAGUAUCUGAAGGAUCCGGAGCAGCAACUGGAUCAGGACUGGGAAUAAAAACAGAAAUAGAAAGGUCUAGAUUAGCACCUGAAUCAGAACUGGAAACAACAUCUGGAGCAGCAUCUGGAUCAGGACUGGAGUGCUGCCCAAUGUGUCUGAUGCCAUUUCCUGCAGGGUUCACCCAAAUGCAGUGUGAUAGUCAUCUUGCACAGUGUUUAUCAGAGAUGCACGAAGACAUUAUUUGGUGAUGACAAGGACCAUUUUGUUAGAUUAUUUUAGAUGCAGGUUUUUUCCUUUAUGUUGCAUGUGCUUGCAAAAUAUUAGUUGAAUGUUUUGGUUACUUUAUCAGAAGACCUGAAAAGAAAUUGUUUACCCAAGAAAGAAGGUUUGCUGAAAAUUGACCAUCCGUGAUCAAUUUAAGCCAUACAUCUAUUGCUCAUCAAUGGGUCCUCUGCAGUGGAUGGGUGCCGUCAGAAUGAGAGUCCAAAAUUUGACAAUCCACACAAUUCAAGUCUAUCAGUUAAUGCGCCGUCAAGUGAAAAGCUGCAUGUUUGUAGUGAACAAAUCCGUUAUUAACUUUAAACUGACUUCUGGUCCAUAAUUCACAAUAACUCUCAUGAUGCAGACAAUAUUACUUUCUCUCUGGAGAGAGCAAUAUGGAUAGAGGACUCCUAUUUAAUCCCGGAAACAAUGCUUUGAAAUGAAAAAUAAUAAAUAACGUGGAUUACGCACAUGAUUUGUGUUUUUGGUUCUUGUUUUUUUAUCAGCUGUUAAAACACUAAUUUUGACGGCACCCAUUCACUGAAGAGAAUAGUGAGCAAGUGAUGUAGUAAUAAACUUCUCCAAAUCUGUCGAAAGCGAGUACAUUUUCAGCAACUUUUCACUUUUGGGACGAACUAUUAAUUAAAAAUAUGAUUGCUAAAUAUGCAUUGCGCAAUAAAGACAGUGCUCUCUCACA